AUGAGUGUAGGAAAUAUCGAGCAGGCGGGUUCAAUUUCAACGGACUAUCAUAUGGAAGAUGCUCUCAACAAUAACAACGAACAUUUAAUAACAAUUCCACGAGAACAUGAAUUAAAAUUUCAGUUAUUGCCUGACCAACAGUUAAUUAUUGAAAUAGUAUAUGGUAUUGCAGAAAUUUUUGGUACGGAAUUAGCAAAUAACAUCAAGUAUAUAUUCAAUAAUCAGGAUAUAUUUUCAAUAUACGCGGUAGAUAAAACGCAAUUGAAAUGGUACACUAAAGAAUCUGCUGUGGAGCCUAUGAUCACCCAAUCCCCAAACUCUGCAUAUGCAGAAUACAAGAUCAAAAUUUAUAAUUUACAUUUUGCAUUGGAUAAAAUGCGAUUUACUAGUUCACAAGGGCCUAAUGUUUUAGUAAUAGGCGGUAAAAAUACAGGCAAAACAACAUUAUGCAAGACUUUGGUAUCUUAUGCUAUUAAAGUUAAAAAUUUUACUCCAUUAUAUGUUAAUUUAAAUCCCACUGAUGGAAUUUUCACGCCUCCGGGAUGUUUGAGUGCUACCACCAUAUAUGAUAUACUUGAUGUCACUGCGCCGAAUUGGGGUCAAAGUGCAACAACCGGUGUAACAACAAUUCCUUCGACACAACCUAUAAUAAAAAAUUUUGGUUUAGAAUAUAUUCAUACAAAUUACAGUUUGUACAAUACGAUAUUAUCUCAAUUAUCCAUAGUUACAAAUUCAAAAAUUAUGAAAGAUCCAUUGUUAAGAAGGUCCGGUUGUAUAAUCGACACACCAUCGCUAUUAGAUAAAAGUGAUAUGGGGGCAAAUGAAAAGGAGCAUGUUAAUAAGAUUAUUUCACAGAUAAUAAAAUUGUACAAUGUAAAUGUAAUUGUCAUAUUAAAGGAGGAAAAAGAUGAUGAGGAUAAUUCUAACAAUUAUGAAGAAAUUAUAAAACAACAACUUACUUCAUCACUCUCGUCUAUUAAAGACAGCAUCUCUCUAUUGACGCUACCUAUAGUUAAAAAAUCAAAUGUAGUUGAAAUUGACGAUGUUUAUAAAAGAUUUCUACAAAGAGUAGCCAUUAGAGAUUAUUUUUAUGGGAACUCUUUAAAUACUGUAUUAAGUCCUUAUACUGUUAGUAGCAGUUUCAAUAAAUUAACUGUUUGGGAACCUGUUGUAUAUAAUAAUGAUACAGAUGAAGAUAAAAAUGAGGAACCUAAGUUGGAACCUGUUACGGUUAAUGCAAGUAACUUACAACAUGCAAUUGUAGCUAUAACGUUUGCAGAAAGAAAUGCUGAUCCCGAUACCGUAUUGUCAAGUAGUAUUAUGGGUUUUGGUUUGAUUAAUGAAGUCAAUGAUACUAGAAAAAAAUUAAGAAUAUUAAUUCCUGUUCCAGGACAAAUGCCUGAUAAAGCAUUAAUUUUAACUCAAUAUAGAUACUUGGAAUAA